GGCACAGUUCAGUUUCAGCUCGAUCCGGCGUGCGUUCGUUUCGUUUCGCGUCCUGACCGCGCUAGUCCAGUGUCCGAGCUAGUGUCCGAAGCCAGGCCGUACCUUCCGACGGCCACCGUAUCCGACCUUUCCUGGGUGGUGCUCCCGUGUGUGUUGCUGUCCCAGUUUUGUUUUUGUUUUGUGACACACUUGACACGGUUUAUUGUAAUUAUAGGUGUUUUAGUGUAUUGUGAAGUUUUAUUUAAGUGUGAAAAUAUUUAUUUUUUAUUGCACAAGGAUAAAAGCCCCAUUGUACAAUUUCGGUAAAGUAGAACAAAAAGUAAUCUAAAUUUGUGUUAAAAAGUGCCCCCGUUUUGACGCCCUUAUCCAACCAUGGAAGGGUUCCGUCCCGCCUCACCCGUACCCGUCGGUGAAAGCGAAAGUGAGCCGACGGCGGCUACCAACUCACGCUCGCCGUCACCCCAGCCCGGUCAGAAACAACCGAAAAAAGUGUCCUUUUCCGACGAGCUACCACAGCAAUCGAGCUCCUCCGGUGGUCAGCCGGAAAAAAGUGUCCCCAACGAAAGUGAAAGUGGCCGCCCGCAGGAAGAAAAUCCGUUCAUCUUCGUUCUGCGGCAGAACGAUAGCUAUCUGCAGGAUAUGCACAGUUCUGCCCACUCACCGUCGGACGGUGGCGUGUUUCCGAACGUGCGCCGUACCUCGCUGCAUUCGAACGAAAGUGAAACCGGCUCGCCGACGGGUAGCCGCGCCAGUACAGUGACGGCCGACACGGGCGGUGAGAAUGGGCCGCACGGAUCGAAGAGAAGCUCCACCACCACCGAGCUUGUGCCGUUCGAUCCGAUAGCGGCCGGAUUGGUGAAUGGGUUGGGUGGUGAUACGGUGCCGUCGGUACCGCCGUCCGGCACUACCGAGCCCCGCAAACCGUCCGUCAGUGCGAUGGAGCUGGAGGUAAAGCGUGAUAAGCGCCGCUGGUUGCUGAUUUCCGAGCUGAGUGCGAUCUUCGGCGAAGACAAACACACCGUCGACGGGUUCAAGCGCAUCUUCAGAGAACAGACGUUUCUGCAAAAUCUGUUCCGGCUGUUUGAUAUGGACAACGAGAACUUCCUGGUGCAGGAUAAAUGGAUCGAACACCUCAAGGGUCGUCUGACUGAUGAGAAACAAAUCGACUUUGCCGAACAGCUGGAAUCGGUAGCGUACGUGCUGUGUGGAGAUGGAACAGUGACGUAUGACAAAUUCUGCCAAAUAUGGCAUGCCAAAGGGAUUCUUGAUAAGCUCUACCGACUAAUCGACGUUGAUUCCACCAACCUAGUAUCGACCAAUCAAAUAAUGGAGUUCAUCUCGAACCUCACCAACUCGCGCCCAAGAACCGGGUUCGACAAAUCUUCCCUGGAGCGGUUGGAGCAACUGUUCAUUAAAACGGUCGGCAACGAGAAGGAGAUACGCCGGGAGGAGUUUAAGAAAAUUGUUACCUCCAAAAACCCAUUCUUCACCGAGCGUGUGUUCCAAAUCUUCGACAAGGACAACUCGGGUUCCAUCUCGCUGCAGGAAUUCAUCGAUGCCAUCCACCAGUUUGCCGGACAGUCGCCAGAGGACAAAAUUAAGUUCCUCUUCAAAGUGUAUGAUUUGGACGGUGACGGACUGAUUCAACACCGUGAGCUACAGCACGUCAUGCGGGCGUGCAUGGAAGAGAACGGCAUGCGAUUCUCCGAGGAUCAGAUCGAGGAUCUUACCAUGGCCAUGUUUGAGGAUGCGGACAAGUACAAUCGCGGUGCCAUUACGUACGAGGCGCUCAAAAAUCAGCUCGAAAAGCAUGGCGGUUUGCUGGAGAAUCUGAGCAUAAGUAUCGAUCGAUGGUUGGUCCCACUGCCCCAGGACGACACGAAGAAGAAGCGCAAGAAAAAACCCUUGCCGCACCAGCUGACCGCACCGUACAUCAAGAACAACUACGUGUAUCUGUCCUUUCUGACCAUCUUUACGCUGAUCAACGUGGGACUGUUCGUUUCGCGUGCCAUCCAGUACCGAAACUCGAACGGGUUCGUCAUAAUGGCGCGUGCUUGUGGUAAGCAAUCUGGUCCACCGUGGCUGAGAAGCGCUCCCGGAACAUCACUGAACAUCACUCCAUUCCCAGGGCAAUGUCUCAACUUCAACUGUGCCUUCAUACUGGUGCUGAUGCUGCGCCAGUGUAUCACAUUUCUGAGGACCCGCGGGUUUACCGCGUUCCUGCCGCUCGAUCAGCACAUCUAUCUGCACAAGCUGACGGGCAUGCUGGUGGCCAUCUUCAGCUUGGUCCACACCAUCAUGCACCUGUUCAACUUCACCACGAUCGUUGUGAACGAUCCGGUAAUCAACGCCAACAACUACACCACGGCCGAGUGGCUGUUUACCUCCCGGCCCGGCCUGUUCGGAUUGAUUGGAGGCUGCGCCAAUCCGACCGGUAUCGUGCUGGUGGUGAUCCUGCUGAUCAUGUUCAUCUGCUCGCAGCCGUUCGUGCGACGCGGUGGCAGCUUCGAAGUGUUCUACUGGACGCAUCUGCUGUACGUCCCGUUCUGGAUAUUGGUACUCUUCCAUGGGCCCAACUUUUGGAAGUGGUUCAUCGUGCCCGGUCUCAUCUAUCUGGUCGAGCGCACAAUAAGAUUAGUCUGGAUGCGCACGGAACACGGCAAGACGUACAUCUCGUCCGGCUUGCUACUUCCCUCCAAGGUGACGCAUCUCGUCAUCAAGCGUCCGCUACACUUUUGCUUCCGACCGGGGGACUACGUCUUCGUGAACAUUCCCGCCAUCGCUCAGUACGAGUGGCAUCCGUUCACGCUGAGCAGUGCACCGGAGCAGGAGGACUACAUCUGGCUCCACAUUCGCGGGGUCGGCGAGUGGACCAACCGGCUGCACAACUUCUUCGAGCGAGAACAGGAACGUUUGCACAACGGCGAAAUACCGGCCCUGGUGGCGGGAAGUUCUGGUGCGGGUUCGGUGUCAGCUGUUGCCGCACCCGCAACCGCUGGCGGUACGGUUGAUGUGGUGCAGGAGAAGCUUAAAGCAACUGCCACCGGAACGAUCCACAAGAGUUCUAGCUUUGAAUCGGCACUCAACAAAGCGAAACCGGUAGGACCUGUGGGACCUAUGCCCCGGGCCGCUGAUGCGACUACACCGGCCGGUAUUAUGAAGCAGAGACAUCCACCGGGAACUUCGAAGCUUGCCAUGGAGGGUUACAGCGCACCGUCUCCGAUGACGACGUCCACGUCCGGACAGCCUAAAUUCGAGCGUCAAAUGUCGGAGAACAGAGCUCUGAAGAAGAUUCAGGCUACGCUGCAGAGGACCUUCUCUAGGCGCGAUCAGCUAAUUCCACGAUCGAGUGGAGCUGGUGGUGUGGGUGGCAUAUCGAAUGAAGGAUUCUCCGGUGAUGGAGUUGACGCAGGACCAGACGGAUCUGGAACAGGAUCCGAGCUGAAGGAUGCGAAGCGUAAGGUUACGCCGGAACAGAGCUUGCACAAGUUGAUCUUCCAGCAGAAGGUACCGCUGGAGAAAUCGCUCUCGAUGCCGGACAUGCAGAACAAGUUCAAGAAGCGGGAGCGUAUGAUGGUACUGCGGGAGUACAUGCGCUCGGAAUCGGAACGCUCGUUCGAUGAGGUUCAAAUUCGCAAGGCACGACUUCAAUCGCUCGGUCUGGCUUACCUGAGUCCUCAGAAUAAAUCGCUUGCGCAAAGCUUCCGCUACAUGCGCAACAAACCGACGAUCAUUGCGUUUAAGACGCCGAGUCUGGAAAACUGUGAGCCACGUGACUCAACCAACUCGAUCGUCGUGUCGCCCGGUGUCUUCACGCAGAAGGAUGCCGAGGAAGGUCGCACAGCCGCAGGAUCCGUACCGGCGGGCCCGGGCACAGCGGUAGUUGCGACAGGAUCCUCCCAGAGUGCAAUCGUGGCGGCCGGUACUGGGGCGCCUGGCACAAGGCCGGUUAACUACCCCGUUGGCAAACCGCUAGAGAUCUACAUCGAUGGACCGUACGGUGCACCCUCGAGUCAUAUCUUCCAGGCACAGCAUGCAGUGCUGAUUGCAACCGGGAUCGGUGUAACGCCGUUCGCUUCCAUCCUGCAAUCGAUCAUGCAUCGCUACUGGAAGGCUCGGCACUGCUGUCCACGGUGUUCCUACGAAUGGUCGAGCGAAAUUCCACCGACGAUCAUGAACCUCCGUAAGGUGGACUUUUUCUGGAUCAAUCGAGAUCAGCAAUCGUUCGAGUGGUUCGUCAAUCUGCUCUCGCAGCUCGAGAUCGAGCAGGCAGAGCUUGGCGGUGCGAUGGAACGCUUCCUCGAGAUGCACAUGUACAUUACCAGCGCUCUUCAAAAGACGGACAUGAAGGCGGUCGGCUUACAGCUCGCACUGGAUCUGCUGCACGAGAAGGAGAAGCGCGAUCUGAUCACCGGGCUCAAGACGCGCACCAACGCUGGCCGCCCUAACUGGGACAAGGUGUUCAAACAGAUUCAGGACCAGAAAAAGGGCAAGGUGACGGUGUUUUACUGUGGACCGCCACAACUUGCCAAAACCCUACGCUACAAGUGUGACCAGUUCGGGUUCCAGUUCCGCAAGGAAGUGUUCUAAGCUGUUAUUCUGUUACUAACUGUCGGCUAUCUUGAAGCAUGCGUUUAUCUGUUUGAUAUGAACAUUAUUUAAUUUAUCGUUUUGUGUUAAUGUUUGCAUCAUCGUGAGGUGGCCCCCGUCGUCCAGCGGUAGACGGCCGUUAUUGUUUUUGAAAACUCAUUCCUGAGUGUUAAUUUAUUUAUAGAGUGCGUCAUUGCGAUAUCGUUCAGCACGCAAAAAAUACUUUUAUAGUCAUGUAAAUGUGCACAUUUUACAAACUACACUGCCAACACGUUUAGGUUCGUUACAAAUCCACCCAGCUAUAUUUAUUGUACUAGAAGUAGCGAAAUCAAUAAAGCCGCGAGGCAUGAACGAAGCUAUU